CAUAUCCCACUCACUAGAGCCGUGCUCCGUUAUCCAGACAAAACACAACCAAAGAUACCAAUUCUCUCAGCCCAAAUCGUUGGCGCCGAUUUUUUUUGUGUAUACCAUGAAUUAGAUCCUUCCCCUCCGAGCCUCCAGAUUUCUUCAAUAAUACCCGACAUCCACGGUCACGCUUGCCUAUCAUGCCCAAGAUCGACAGGCGCUCGAAGCUGGCAGAGCUUCGAGCCCUCCGAGCGGCCGGUAAGAGGGUCAACUACGAAGUCGAAGAGGUUGACGAGUUGUACGAGGAGGUCGACGAGAAUCAAUACAAGAAGAUUAUUCGGGAUCGCCUGGACCAGGAUGAUUUCGUUGUCGACGACAAUGGCGAGGGAUAUGCCGACGACGGUCGAGAGGAGUGGGAUCGCGCUCCUCAGCACUACUCGGACAGCGAGGAUGAGAUGCCAGUGAAGGGUCGAGGCAGGCCGAGCAAGGCUUCAAAGAAGGAGCGCGAAGACGAGGAUGCCAAGCGGGACGCCAAUGACCGAGACAUCAGCGAGUACUUUACAAAGGGCAUUACCAAGACCCAGGCAAAGCCAAAGGUUACCAAAACAAAAGAAGACGACGCGUUCCUUGCUGAUUUGCUCGGCGAGGUCGACGCUAACAUUCCCGCUCCUGCAUCUCGCUCGGCUAAGCGCAACAGAUCCCCAGAACGACGACGAGCCCGCGUGCUAUCACCCGCGCCCGAGGCUAGACCACGUGUCACCAAGCGAACGAAGACUGUGGACGACAGGUUAUCAUCCCCUGCCAUCGACGAUACGCUGCCCGAUGAUGGCUACCUCCCCCCCCUGGGCGAAGCCAGGGACGACAGCCCUGCCCCGAUCACAGUGGAUGACGUUCCCAUGUCCGAUCUUGCGCCAUCUUCACCUGCUGCCAAGGUAGCCCAGCGCAAGGGCUUGAUCAAACAAGAGCCCAAGGAGGAUGACGAGGACAUGAUGGAGGUUGCCCACGCCGGGACGGUUACCGCUGCCAGCGUCAACAUCGCCGGGUCAAGGCCACCGAAGAAGCUGGUCAAGCCGGAUCCCUAUCCGACCCCUAUGAGCUCGUCCCCGGUCAAGCCGGCUGCUGUAGCGGUCGACUCAUCUGCUUGGAAUAUCAUUACGGACCAGCUCAAUGUUGUUACAGGCGCUCCUGCUGAGGCUAGAACCAUUGGCAAGAUUGACUAUAAAGACGCCAUAGAGGAAGACGGCAGCCUCAACAUGUUUUGGACCGACUAUACCGAUGUUAACGGCAGCCUCUGCCUUUUCGGCAAGGUCUUGAACAAGAAGACUGGGUUGUACGUCAGUUGCUUCGUCAAGGUCGACAAUAUCCUCCGAAAGCUGUUCUUCCUCCCCCGCCAAACAAAGGUACAGGGCGGAGAAGACACCGGUGAGAAUAUCGAGAUGAUGGACGUAUACUCUGAAGUAGACUCGAUCAUGACCAAGAUGAAUGUUGGCAUGUACAAGAUCAAGGCUUGCACCCGCAAGUAUGCUUUUGAGCUGCCAGGAAUUCCAAAGGAAACUGAAUAUCUGAAGUGUCUCUACCCAUACACAAAGCCCGUGAUCGACGGAUCGGCCACUGGCGAAACCUUCUCGCAUGUCUUCGGAACGAACACUGCGCUCUUUGAGCAAUUUGUGUUGUGGAAGAACAUUAUGGGUCCUUGCUGGCUAAAGAUUACCGACGCCGACUUCGGCACCCUUAAGAACGCUUCUCACUGCAAGCUUGAGGUGCUGGUUGAGCACCCUAACAUGGUGUCUACACUCAACGAGUCCACGGAUAACCUCGAUGCCCCGCCCCUGACCCUGAUGAGUCUUGCCUUACGGACGGCCUUCAACGCCAAGGCCAACAAGCAAGAAAUUCUCGCGAUCAGCGCCCGAAUCUAUGAAAAGGCAUCUUUGAAUGACACAACCCCGGCCGAGAAGCUCCCUUGCCGGACAUUCACCCUCAUCCGACCUCACGGCGCAGCGUUUCCUCUCGGGUUUGAAACGUUGGCAAAGGAGAGAAAGAGAGGCCUCAUCAAGACUUUUCGACAAGAAUCCGAGAUACUGACGUUCUUUCUCGCUCAGCUUGAUGUUGUGGACCCAGACGUCAUCCUUGGACAUCAAUUGGAAGGCGUCGACUACAGUGUUCUGCUCAACCGCCUGCACGAGAAGAAGACCCACCAAUGGUCUCGUCUCGGUCGGCUCAAGCGGACGCAGUGGCCGGCUUCUAUGAAUAAGAUCGGCGGCAACGUCUUCGCUGAGAGACAGGUCAUGUCUGGUCGUCUGCUUUGCGACCUCGCCAACGAUGCUGGAAAGUCUGCCCUGCACAAGUGUCAGUCAUGGAGUUUGACGGAAAUGUGCAGUCUUUAUCUGCCGGGCAACAACCGCAGGCAAGACAUUGACAACGAAGCGGCACUCAAGACCUGGGCGACCCAGUCCAAGGAGGGCAUGAUGAACUACGUAACCCACAUGGAAACCGACACCCAUUUCAUUACCGCGCUGGCCUUGCAGGUCCAGCUCCUCCCUCUGACCAAGGUCCUAACCAAUUUAGCCGGCAACUCCUGGGCGAGAACUCUCACUGGUACUCGCGCUGAGCGGAACGAGUACAUUCUGUUGCACGAGUUCCAUCGCAACAAGUAUAUCUGCCCUGACAAGCAAACCUUCCGGGGUAGGAUGACCCAGGAAGAGAACCAAGACGAUGAAGGUGAAGGCAAGAAGAAGGACAAGUACAAGGGUGGUCUCGUCUUCGAGCCCGAAAAGGGUCUUUAUGACAAGUUUGUCCUGGUCAUGGACUUCAACUCCCUGUACCCCUCCAUCAUCCAGGAAUUCAACAUUUGCUUCACGACCGUGGACAGAUCCGCAGUGGAACAGGAUGAAGAUGCCGUGCCCGAAGUCCCCAAGGACCAGGAUCAGGGCAUUCUGCCCAGACUUAUCGCCACGCUUGUCAACCGAAGAAAACAAGUCAAGGCGCUAAUGAAGGACAAGGGCGCAACGCAGGAUCAGCUCGCCACCUGGGAUAUCAAGCAGCAGGCGCUCAAGCUUACGGCCAACUCCAUGUACGGAUGCUUGGGAUACACCAAGUCUCGUUUCUACGCGCGCCCUCUGGCUGUCUUGACCACGUAUAAGGGCCGUGAGAUUUUGCGCAGCACCAAGGAACUCGCCGAGAGCAACCAACUCCAGGUCAUUUACGGAGACACAGAUUCCGUCAUGAUCAACGCCAACGUCGAAAAUGUGUCGGAUGCCUUCAAGGUCGGCCAAGAGUUCAAGAAGGCUGUCAAUGAGCGAUACAGGCUCCUUGAAAUCGACAUUGACAACGUCUUCCGCCGCAUUCUGCUGCAAGCCAAGAAGAAGUAUGCCGCCAUCAACCUGGUUCAGAAGGACGGCAAGUUUAUUGAGCAGAUGGAAGUCAAGGGUCUUGACAUGAAGCGUCGUGAGUACUGUGGUUUGUCCAAGGAGAUCUCCAGCAAGAUUCUCAAUGAGAUUCUCUCCGGUGACGAGACCGAGAAGUCCAUUGCCCGCAUCCAUGAGUACCUCAGAGACAUAUCUGGCAAAAUGCGAGAGCAAGCCAUACCGACUCAAAAGUACAUCAUCUUCACGCAGCUCGGCAAGGCUCCUACGGAGUAUCCCAACGCAGACUCGAUGCCCCAGGUCCAAGUUGCCCUCAGGGAGAUUGCCAAAGGAAAGAACGUCCGCCGUGGCGAUGUUAUCCCGUACAUCAUCACUGGAGACCCUCAGAGCUCCGACCCUGCCCCGAAGAGAGCAUUUACUCCGCCAGACGUCAUGAAGGCUGACUCCGGUCUCUCGCCGGACGUCGAGUGGUACCUUGGCAAGCAAAUCUUCCCGCCAGUUGAGCGCCUUUGCGCGAACAUUGUCGGCACCUCGAGCUCUCAGCUCGCGGAGUGCUUAGGACUUGACAUACGCAGGUACAAGUCAGUUCAGGACCAGCAGCACGGCGGCUCGAGCAAUGAUGUGGAAAUUCACCCUCUGGAAUCGCAGAUUCCUGACGAUGUCCGCUUUGCCGAGUGCGCCCGUCUCUCCCUCCGCUGCCGCAAGUGCAAGGCCUCUUCGACGUUUGAGGGUCUGCUGGCGCAGCCUGACCGCGUGUCGGCAUCUGGUGUGCUCUGUGGCCCCUGUGGCGCAACCAUCUCGACUCUGUCGAUCGUGGCACAGCUCGAACAUGCUCUCCGCACCCAGACGGCACGGUAUUACGAGGGCUGGCUCGUGUGCGACGACUCUGCCUGUGGCAUGCGCACGCGGCAGAUGAACGUCUACGGCACCCGCUGUUUGGGCCCCAAGGGCCUCGCUCGGGACUGCCUGGGUCGGAUGCGCUACGAGUACACAGAGAAGGCAAUCUACAACCAGCUCGUAUACUACGCUAGCCUGUGGAACGUCGACAAGGCCAAGGCCAAAGCCUCGGCCGAGAGCGGUAACGACAUCUCGCGCGAGGAUAGGGACAAGAUCCUCGCGCUAGCGGAGCACAACCGUGCCCGCUUCGACACGGUCAAGGGCGUCGUGGACAAGUACCUCGACAAGUGUGGCAGGCAAUGGGUCGCCAUGGAUACCUUGUUCGCCAAACUGGGCUUCAACAAGCUUAUUGCUGCUUCUACCGCAUAGGGAGGGGGAGGACUGCCAAGGGUCUACAUAUCGGUGUGGCUAAUGAUUACGGACGGACGGGUUCGUGGGCAUGAUUCUGCUUUUGGAGGAGUUUUCUAUAGUGCUUGUUUGCUCUUUUCCCCCCUCCUUUUUGUGUUUAUCUGUACGCCUUGGUCUCAAUUGAUUGGGAGACUUUGACUUUGAAGAAGCUGAGGAGUCUGGAGUUUGGAUGGGCUUGGGAUGAGGCGGCAUUCUCACAAGUUGGUCGUGUGGUAUCUUUCCAUAGUUACAAGGAACGAGCUCAUCCUCAUCCGGAUGCCCGACACGCACACAUGCACUGAUCAUCGUUCACUUGGGAUUUCGAUGUCGAAGCAGUCGAAAAUCCCCUCUCUAAAGACGGCACUGAUUUGGUUGGCAGGUCCAUGGUGCAUUCAGGGGUGAAAGAGGGGAGAAUUGCUAUUUACGCAGCUGUAAGGUCACUUACAAGAGCAAAAACUCCUACCAGAGCCACAUUGGUUGCAGACACGCACAGAGCGUUCUGCUAACCACUACUGUCGAUCACUCAGCGCAGGACCAUAUAUCACCAUCAGGGAAGUAGUCAAC